AUGUUGCUGCCGUCAGACAUAGCACGGCUUAUUUUGGGGUAUCUCCAAGAAGAAGGGUUGUAUGACACCAGUCGAGCUUUUAUCCACGAAAGUCCAAAUCUGAAGGAGUAUGCAGAACACAGCUCAGAGGAUGGCACUAUUCCUGCUUGUGUAUUUUCUAUUUUUGGGAAAGGAUUGACUACUAUCUUGAAUGAGUAUGUGGCUGUCAAAACGAAAGAGUCGAAUCACCAGGUGCCACCCAUGAUCUCAUCUUUGUGGAAAAAGCUAGAUUUUACUCUAAAUCAAAUCAAAUCGCUGCAAAAUUCCCCCGCAUUAUCAGCCUGUCAAAGGAUGCGUUCUCGUGUCGGAUUGGCAAACAUCGCCCGACAGAGAGCGUUAUCAAAUCCUUCAACUGGAGUCGUGUGCACAGGUGUUUCUGAGAGCUUCUCUAUUGUCAGCCCUGCACAAACUUCUCAUUGUAUUCUCACUCAUUCAACGCCUGUAAGUAACAGCAGCGCCCUCAGACCAGCCCCCUGCAGUGCUCCACAGCUGCAGAGUUUUGAGUCCAAUCGCCUCCAAGGCACACCAAGAGGAUCUCCAGUCCAUGUCUCUGAUCAUCGUCUAAAUCUUGCACCAACGUCUCCUGGGCGAAGAAAGUGGAAGAGAACUGGAGCGACUACUGGUUCUUCGAGACCUGUUUCUGUCAGUGGCACUUCUCUAGAAGAGGAAACGGAAGAGACUGUUGAUGAACAUUUCCCUCAACUAGUAAUUCAAAAUGCCCGUGAAAAAAUAUUAGGGGAUAGAUCUUUGCAAGAAAAACUGGCUGAAAAUAUCAACAAAAUUCUUUCUAGCGACCCUACGCCUCAGUCAUCAAAAGCUGCUGCACAUAUUGUGGAACCUGAUCAGUCCAUAGACGAAAUUCUCGGAUUGCAGGGAGAGAUCCACAUGAGUGAUGAUGCCAUUCAUGACAUUUUGGAACAGACUGAGUCUGACCCAGCGUUUCAAGCCCUCUUUGACCUUUUUGAAUGCAAUAAAACUAGAUCAACAGACGUGGAGUCAGCAGAUGGAGUGAUGUCCAGCCUUUCAGAAGAAGGAGAUUGUUCUGCAGCUGGACCAUCAUCUGUGGCCAAGCCCAGUGAGGGCAUAGAUUCAGGUGCGAUACCAAAAGAUUCCUCUGAUACGGUCUCUAUGAAGGCAAAAGCUGUGAUCAACCGUCAAUCAAGGAAAUCUGUCCCUGCGUUGAAAAAUAACCUCAACCAUGUCACCGUCAACCAAUUGUGUCGCACCAACUUCUUCAAACUCACCAGUGUCUGUUUCUUCCUCUGCAUCAGUAAGGACGCCUCCUUCAUCCUCACCUACUGCUUCUACAACUGGACCGAACGCCACAAACAAAACUGCUGUCCUGCUGAAAUAAUCCCCACUAUCUAUCUGUCCUCUCCUGCCAAAUCUGUGGCUGUCCCUGGGACACCUAAGUCUAGUCUGGACGAGACUGCUCAUGCAGUUAGUUGUCUACAGCGGUCUGAGUCUGUGAUGGCAUCGCCAUUGACUGGAACCUCGCAGCCUCAGCAGAGUUACUUUAUUCAGCUGCCGUUUGAAGGGGCUACAACUGCGGCCGCAAGCUACUUCAUUGUGGCCGAGCCUCCUCCAGCAGACGGACAGCUCAGACCCAAAAUACUACCAGCUCCUGUUUCUAAAGGACAGGCCAUUGUCCCGGGCCAGUUUGGUGUGACGCCACAGACUCAAGGAUUCACUACCGGAUCAGCCCUCCUCCUGCCAUCACCAAUGAAACCUAUGAUGCUUCCAUUGUCUGUUAUGGGUCAGAAUGCUUUGGGAAAUGUUCAAAUGGUGCCUAAUCAGCUUGUUGCCAUACCAAACUCGCCAGUGAUACAGAAGAAUAAUGUACAGCCUUCACCGGCUGGAUUUGCUGACCUGUCUACCAUAUCAAGUUCAGAUUUGUUAGCAGUGUCCUCUCAAAGCCCAGCCCAAAGUGUAUCAUCAUGUGCCAGCACGGGUCACAGAAGGAUUCUUUGUUUUGAUUCUUCUGGAGUCCCUCAAACAAGCAAAACCGGCACAUCUCAGGCUGCAUCAAGCUCACAGUCUUUACCUUUGAAAUCCCCGCCUACAAAGCCUGCCAUCCUCACCAGCAAGCCCAAGAGGAGGAUAGAAACUGUCAGGUGUUCAGCCUCAACAACUCAACAAAACCGGAAAGAUGCUGCCAAAAAAGGCUCCCCACCUGCACAGUCCAACCCUCAGACCAAGGCAUCAAAACUUCCCUCAAAAACCAGCGUUUUGGCCAAACAGGCUGCCGAAAUGCUCCAGGACAUCCAAGCUAUCAACUCCCCAAGAGACUUAAGCAGCCAAGAGGAGUCUGGUAGUGAUUGUACCAAGACUCCUAUAAGAACAAGGAAAGGCAGAGAGGCUGAAGGAACCCCAAGACAUCUGAUGCCAGCCAGCACCUCAGACUUACCCACCUGUAGCCCUGCGAGUGAAGCAGGAAGUGAAAGCAGCAUCAACAUGGCAGCACACACACUCAUGAUUCUGUCACGAGCUGCACUGGCGAGAACCGGAACUCCGCUGAAGAAUAGUCUGCGUCAGGAAGGGUCAGGGGAACAGUCUCCCACUACCUCCAAGGUGACCAAGAAACGCAAGCAGACGUCUUCAGCAUCCAGUCCCCCGGCAAAGAAAGCGGCAAAACGGACACCGAGCAAGAAAAAAGAGCGGAAGAAACUAAUGGAGUGUUUUCCCCAAGACUUGGAUGUGGAUAAGUUUCUAACUCUUUCACACAUCGCCCAGAAAUUUCUUGACAUGGCAGCCAAUGGGGCCAGUUGUGAUCAGUCCCAGAGACGUGCAGGGUCGAAGGACAAACAGAAUGGAAAGUCUACAGAGUCCAUACAAAGAGACCGGCGGCUUAAAGAGAAAGAGGAGCGUCUCUCUUUGGUUCUAUGGAGAAAGCCUGUCACUACACUGCAAUAUUUUCUACUGGAGACACUCAUCAAACUAAAGGAAUUGGCCGUAAAGCUUUGGCAAAGGCGAGGUGUAGUGCUCUUAUUUGUUGUUGUCUGUUCUCUCUUCUCCAUGGCCUACUCUACAGAGGGUGGACACCAGGAGUAUGUAAAGUUCCUGGAAAAGAAAUUUCUUGUGUGUGCCUACUGGCUAGGCCUCGGCAUUUUGUCCUCAGUAGGCCUUGGCACUGGUCUACACACGUUUCUUCUUUAUUUGGGGCCUCACAUAGCCUCAGUAACCCUGGCAGCAUAUGAGUGUGGCUCCAUAAACUUCCCUGAGCCCCCGUACCCCGAUCAGAUCAUCUGUCCUCCUGGAGAAGGCGCUGAGCAAAGCAUCUCCCUCUUCACAAUCAUGUCCAAGGUCCGUCUGGAGGCCUGCAUGUGGGGAGCGGGGACGGCCAUUGGAGAGCUCCCUCCAUACUUCAUGGCUCGUGCUGCUCGCCAGUCUGGAGCUGACCCUGAAGAUGAAGACUAUGAAGAGUUUGAGGAGAUGCUUGAACAGGCGCAGAAUGCACAGGAUGUCGUCACGAGAGCUAAGCUCGGAGUCCAGCACAUGGUCCAGAAAGUCGGAUUCUUUGGCAUUUUGGCUUGUGCCUCAAUUCCUAAUCCCCUUUUUGACCUGGCUGGAAUAACAUGUGGGCACUUCCUGGUCCCGUUCUGGACCUUCUUUGGAGCUACGUUGAUUGGGAAGGCCAUUAUCAAGAUGCACAUACAGAAACUGUUUGUCAUCAUCACCUUCAGCAAGCACAUAGUGGAGCAGAUGGUCUCACUCAUCGGGUCUGUUCCCAAAGUCGGACCAUCUCUGCAGAAGCCUUUCAGUCACUACCUGGAAGCACAGAGGAACAAGCUGCAUCAUGCCGGAGGAAAGGCGCCCGCUGAUGAGAACUGGCUCUCGUGGAUCUUUGAAAAAGUGGUCCUGAUCAUGGUGUGUUACUUUGUCAUCUCCAUCGUUAACUCCAUGGCCCAGAGUUAUGCCAAAAGGCUGCAACAGCAAAGACACUCUGAGGAGAAAACCAAGUGA